AAAUUAAAUUAGUACCCAUGAGAAAUAUCUAUGAAGAAACCAAGGAAAUUUUGGCAAAACAGAAGGAUUGCCUUUUGGGGGAAGUAACAACCCCAUGAUCUCAGACUAUUUAUAUACAUUACAAAGUUAUCUACACAAACAAUGAGUAUUUCACAUUUUUCCAGAAGAAUGCUUGUCGGAGAGCUCUAGGAUUCUGAGAAAGUCUUGAUAACUCGACAAAACCCGGCAGCCAUGAUUCGAUUGAGUUUUCUCAUUUUGCAUAUUUAUUUCAUGUUCUUCCAUGUCGAAGCACAAACUUCCUCCAACCUAGGGGAUGAAUCACAAAGUUUUCAACCUAGUCUUGCUGUUGUCUUGGGGAUCCUCUUGGUCAUGUUCUCAUUGACAAUCCUUCUCCUUGUCUAUGCAAAAUUCUGUCACAGGAGAGCUUCCGUUCAUGGCAAUAUACAACACUUGGGAUUUAUCCGAUCAAGCUCUCGAUUUUCCGGGAUCGACAAGACGGUGAUCGAGUCACUUCCUUUCUUCAGAUUCUCUUCUCUUAAUGGGUCAAAGGAAGGACUUGAAUGUGCAGUAUGCCUUUCCAAGUUCGAAGAUAUCGAAAUCCUCCGGCUGCUGCCCAAGUGCAAGCAUGCCUUUCACAUUGACUGCAUCGACAAUUGGCUUGAAAAGCACUCAAGCUGUCCUCUUUGCAGGCACAGGGUCAGCGUUGAGGACCCAACAAUUUUUACAUACACAAAUAGCAUGAGAUUGAUGGACCAGUCGGAGAUGAGAGGCGACUCAACCAUAGAGCUCUUUGUCCAGAGAGAAGAAGAUCGUCGUGGGUCUUCAAGAUUCAGUCUUGGAAGUAGCUUUCGAAAAGCUGGAAAGGUUGACAAGGAAGAGAAAUCUUUGAUGCAGGAAGAAGAAGCCGGAUAUGGUGAGGAGGCACAUGGAGUCUUGCAUAAACAUAAUCACAAGAUCAUUGCAUCUGAUUUUGUUUUCAAGAACCGGUGGAGCAGCGUGAGUUCUUCAGACCUGAUGUUCUUGAAUUCGGAGAUGCUUAACGCUACGUCAAGCAACAGGUUCUCUUCUUUGGAUUCGAAUGAUGUUCAGUCGGCCUCCGUAGCAGGAGGUUUAGAAAACGAGCAGAUUGUGAAGAUAAAGGAAGAGAUGGAGAUGAAGAGAUCGUUUGAUAGCAAGGUUAGCACACUGGACAAAACCAGUCCAAUUUCAUUUCCAGGACUUGCUUCUACAUCAGAUGCCACAUUGAAAUUGUGUCAGACAUCAAGGUAUAUGAAUCCGGGCGAGAGAAGAUCAAUGUCUGAAAUCACUGCUGUUUCGAGACAUGAAGAUUCGGGUAUGAAGAACAGAAUCAAUGGGGAGUCUUCUUUGGUUGGAAAUGAUGUGAAAGAGGAAAGAUUGAGGCGGCUUUGGUUUCCAAUUGCCAGAGGAACAGUUCAAUGGUAUGCCAAUAGAGAAAGGUCUCAACAUUCUCAGAACACACAAACCUCUGCAGCAUUAGAUGUAUAAAAAAUCAGAUUGAUACAUAUAUUUAUCUCUCCAAAGAAUAUCUUUUCCAU